AUGGGAAUUCCUUCAGUACCACCUGUGGCCACAUUUGACAAUGGCCACCCUAUGGAUGAAGUACUCGAAGCCUUGUAUCGGGACGGGGCAGUACGAAUCAGAAAUCUGAUUCCUCUUGAAAGCAUAAAUCAGAUCAAUGCUGAGAUCAAACCAUACAUGGACGCCGACUACAACUCCGGACUGGAAGUGUUUGCCAAAGAGACUAAGACGGUGUGCGGACUAGCAGGCAAGUCACCCGCAGCAGUGCACGCAAUAUUGGCCAAUCCAACGGUCCUCGCCGCUGUUCGAGAUGCACUGACAGUGACGACGUCGUCAUGGUGGGGAGACGCACGCAACGAAUGCGUGAGCCCUCCCCUCCUAUCAAGCUUCUUCACCGUUCGAGUCGGACCCGGCAGCGCACGACAAGGCCUCCAUCGCGACGACCAGGACCACCACCCUAGCCACACGCACGGCGACCCACGCGAGACCACCAAACUCGGAUGUUUCGUCGCAACCACCAAAGUGACACGGGAAAAUGGCGCCACCGAGAUCGUACCAGGAAGCCACGUAUGGGACGACGACCGCAAACCACGCAUUGACGAAUGCACCUACGGCGAGAUGGAACCCGGCGACGCCCUCUUCGUCAUGGGAAACUGCUACCACGGCGCCGGCGCCAACUCCACAACCGACCAGUUGCGCGGCGUCAUCGUCUCUCUUUUCUGCAAGGGUGUCUAUCGUGCCGAAGAGAAUCAAUUCCUCACCGUGACGCAAGAACAGGUCGCGAAAUAUCCCUAUGAAGUCCAGGAUUUGCUGGGUUGGAAGGCUUCCGCCCCUUUUUGCGGGUGGCAUGAUUUCAAACAUCCAUAUGAUUUGUUCCGGCCUCAGACCGAUGCCUUGAAUAAGGAUUUAUUCUAA